AUUUUAAGUUGCUUCUUGGCUACCAAAAUGCCUAGACACAGUAACUGACAAGAAUUCAACUGACAGGUAAUUUGACCAGACCUAGAGGAAGGAUUCCUUCAAAGUUACCAUCCUCAAAGGAUUGACUAAAAGCAAGCAACUGGAUUGAACACCCUAAGAAGAAAGACUUACACUGCACCAGGAGACAUCAGAAAGAAUGAAAACUCUGCCGCUGUUUGUGUGCAUCUGUGCACUGAGUGCUUGCUUCUCGUUCAGUGAAGGUCGAGAAAGGGAUCAUGAACUACAUCACAGAAGGCAUCAUCACCAAUCACCCAAAUCUCACUUUGAAUUACCACAUUAUCCUGGACUGCUACCUCACCAGAAGCCGUUCAUUACAAAGUCCUAUAAAUGUCUACACAAACGCUGUAGGCCUAAGCUUCCACCUUCACCUAAUAACCCCAACAAAUUCCCAAAUCCUCACCGGCCACCUAAACAUCCAGAAAAAGAUGGCGGUGUGGUCAACGCUACCUUAGUGGCUACAACCCAAAUUCCAUCUGUGACUUCCCCAUCGGCUUCCACCAAAAUUACUACCCUUCCAAAUGUGACUUUUCUUCCUCAGAAUGCCACCUCCACAUCUUCAAGAGAAAAUGUUCACACAAGCUCUUCUCUAGCUACAUUAACACCAGUGAAUUCCCCACCUCAAGACACCACAGCUGCCCCACCCACACCUUCUGCAACUACACCAGCUCCACCAUCUUCCUCAGCUCCACCAGAGACCACAGCUGCCCCACCCACACCUUCUGCAACUACACCAGCCCCACCAUCUUCCUCAGCUCCACCAGAGACCACAGCUGCCCCACCCACACCUUCUGCAACUACACCAGCUCCACCAUCUUCCUCAGCUCCACCAGAGACCACAGCUGCCCCACCCACACCUUCUGCAACUACACCAGCUCCACCAUCUUCCUCAGCUCCACCAGAGACCACAGCUGCCCCACCCAUACCUUCUGCAACUACACCAGCUCCACCAUCUUCCUCAGCUCCACCAGAGACCACAGCUGCCCCACCCAUACCUUCUGCAACUACACCAGCUCCACCAUCUUCCUCAGCUCCACCAGAGACCACAGCUGCCCCACCCAUACCUUCUGCAACUACACCAGCUCCACCAUCUUCCUCAGCUCCACCAGAGACCACAGCUGCCCCAAUUGCCACACCUAAUUCUUCCCCAACUGGUCUUGCACCUGACACUUCUGAAACUUCAGCUGCACCCACACACCAAACGACUACUUCAGUCACUACUCAAACUACUACUACUAAACAACCAACUUCAGCUCCUGGCCAAAAUAAAAUUUCUCGAUUUCUUUUAUAUAUGAAGAAUCUACUAAACAGAAUUAUUGAAGACAUGGUGGAGCAAUAG